AUGUGUCGGAUGUUAGUUCUCGUCUCUAGGACUUCCAGCCAGUCCAGUGAGACUCUGCCGGCCCAGCGGGUGCGACUUCUGUCCACAAGCUGGGCCGAUAUCCUUGACGACGAUGACGAGGACCCUGCGCCCGACCUCAUGCUGGAAGCAGCUGCGCCUGCUGCACCGGCAGCAGCAGCGGCGCCAGCUGGGAUGGAGCCCGCUCCGGAGUCCGAGACCGCCCUAGCUGACUGCGCGAGCUUGAUCAAGGAGUACAAUGUGGACCCUGACCUCCAGGGAUUCCAGAGGUCGUACGCCCUGGAGACAGCCAUCGCGGACCAGCAUGGCGAGUCCAUGCAGGCGCCUGCUGGACAAGCUUCUCUUAAGUGCGUGCACGGCAGCAGGAGCUGUUUUUCGACACUGACCUACCGGACCUGGGGAGGUGAAGAUGUGGUCGAUAAAACUCCCGAUGCCCCAGAGGAGCCGCAAGUGGCAGGCCAGCAGCAAGUGGUGCUUCCAGCACAACUCCCGCCAGUGCACCAUCCCGUGCCGAAGCGAGCGAUGCACAUCCGCAUAGUGCAGGCUACCACGGCAAGGGUGAAUGCAGCCUGUUCAGCAGCUGUGGCUGCAAAGCAGCGCGAGGCUCUGGAGGUGACAACAUCCUCUACGUGCUCCAGUUCCUCAAAUUCACUGCCAAGGGGACAGGAGAAGGGGUGGACGGGCAAAGGACAGGGCAAAGCGGCCAGGGCAGCACUUCGUCAAUUGAUCGAGGAGCAAAAACAGGAGGAGGCAGACAGCACGAACAAAGUGCAGCAGUGA